AGUACGCGACCGAGCGCGAUUCAGGUCUCGACUACGUCAGUCCGUGAUGAACCGAAUAACACGCAACUUUUUGGGGAGCGUCCGUAAAUAGCUGAUAAUAGACUGUCGAUAAACGUCUUGGGUGUUUGUUUCGCUACUCAACCCCUGUCUUAUAUUUUUGUCAGUUAUUUUUCUUCACUUUGUUGUUUAUAUCUCUGUUUAUCCUAAACUGUCAGUGUGAAUUUCGGUUUUUAAGAAUGCCAGGAAAUUAUUCGGCUCGGUGUGAACCGGGGCUGGUAAUACCAGUGUGGACACCAGUAGAUAACUUAGAGCUGAUUGACAUCGUCCUAAGGGGCUCGGUGUAUUUCUUUUUACUUAUGUACUUAUUCAUUGGAGUUUCAAUAGUAAGCGAUCGUUUUAUGGCAGCUAUCGAAGUGAUUACUUCGAAAGAAAAGGAGUUGGUAGUUCGCAGACAGGGCAGAGAACCACAGAUAGUUGUAGUGCGAGUGUGGAACGAGACCGUGGCUAACUUGACAUUAAUGGCAUUGGGUAGUAGCGCACCGGAAAUCUUAUUGUCCAUUAUCGAAAUUUGGGCAAAAAAUUUCCAAGCGGGAGAACUUGGGCCUGGGACAAUAGUCGGAUCCGCUGCCUAUAAUCUUUUCGUCAUUAUAUCUCUUUGUGUCUUUGUCAUACCAGAAGGAGAGACGCGGAAAAUAAAGCACUUGAGAGUUUUCUUCGUCACCGCGACUUGGAGCAUAUUUGCGUAUGUUUGGCUCUACAUCAUCCUCGCAGUGUCUAGUCCCGGCGUUCUCGAGGUUUGGGAGGGAAUCCUGACGUUCUCUUUCUUCCCAGCUACUGUCCUAACGGCUUACGUUGCCGAUCAGCGUCUACUAAUCUACAAAUACUUGCACAAAGGUUACCGCAUGAACAAGCGAGGUGUCAUCGUCCAGGGCGAAGCAGCCGACUCAGGCAGAGGGACAGAACUUGAGAUAAAAACACGGAAUAAUGGUAUCAGCUGUGAAGAUAUCGAUAGUGAUUCACCGGAAGCUCGGGAGUUCGAACAAACGCGUCGUGACUAUAUACAAACUUUACGAGAACUCCGCAAGCAACAUCCUACUUUGUCAUUGGAACAGCUAGAGGUAAUGGCCCAUGAAGAGGUGCUCGGAAAGGGGCCAAAAAGCCGCGCUUUUUAUCGGGUUCAAGCGACUAGGAAGAUGGUUGGAGCUGGAAAUCUUAGCAGAAAAAUAAGCGAGCGUGCUCAGAGUGAUCUUAGUGAAGUCAAGGCGGAAUUGCAGCGUGCAGAGGCCGAAAGCAUCGAUAUUGACGCAGUGAAUGCUAUGCGUGUCUUUUUCGAUCCAUGCCACUAUACGGUUAUGGAAAACGUUGGGAGCUUUGAGGUUGGCGUGACUAGGGCUGGUGGUGAUCUAUGUCAGGGAUGCACCGUUGAUUACUGCACUGAAGACGGUUCAGCUGAGGCUGGUUCCGAUUACGUAAGUACCAGCGGGACGCUAAUUUUCGCACCCGGUGAGACAAGGAAGACCAUUCAACUUUCGGUCAUCGACGACGAGCUGUUCGAAGAGGAUGAGCAUUUUUACGUCAGACUUAAUAACUGCAGUCAACCUGCAACGCUUUCGUCGCCGAGCUUGGCGACGGUAAUGAUCCUCGAUGAUGACCAUAGCGGUGUCUUCGGAUUCCCGGAACGCGACGUAGAGAUAGUGGAGAGUGUUGGUCAAUAUUCCCUCAGGGUAGUUCGCUAUAGUGGGGCUCGGGGUCGCGUUACAAUACCAUAUCACACCGAAGAAGGUACAGCAAAACCGGGGAAGCAAUACGUCGACCUGACGGGGGCCAUAACCUUUGAGGACAACCAAACAGAGAAGUUUAUAACAUUGACAAUAAUUGAGGAGGACUCCUAUGAAAAAGAUGCUCUAUUCUACGUUGAACUUGGGGAACCGCAGCUGCAAGGAGUUACAGCUGAUGCGGAGAUGGCAGUUAUCGCUAAACACAAACCACCCGAAGGAAGAACCGAUGAAGAAAAAAUUACUCUGCUUGGGCGUCCUCGUCUGGGAGAGGUCUCACGUGCUCAGGUGCGAAUCAAGGAAUCUAAGGAAUUCAAGAACACAGUUGACAAACUAGUUCAGAGAGCCAAUGCCUCAAUUUUACUUGGGACGAGUUCAUGGAAGGAGCAGUUCACGGAGGCCUUGACCGUCAGUGGCGAUGGACGGGGAGACAAUGAGAAUAGCGACGGGAGCCCGAGCCAAGCCGCAUCCCCAAGCACCAUGGACUACUUUAUGCACUCACUUACCAUAUUCUGGAAAUUUCUCUUCGCCUUUAUCCCGCCCACAGAUAUCGCUGGUGGAUACCUGUGCUUUGUUACAAGCAUAGUUGGCAUCGGUCUGGUGACAGCAAUCAUCGGAGAUGUCGCAUCCUACUUUGGCUGUACCCUAGGCAUAAAGGAUUCAGUCACUGCAGUAGUCUUCGUGGCCCUAGGUACCAGUAUCCCAGAUACCUUUGCCAGCAAAGUGGCUGCCUGCCAGGAUAAAUACGCCGAUGCAAGCGUAGGCAACGUGACUGGAAGCAAUGCAGUGAAUGUCUUCUUAGGAAUAGGUAUCGCUUGGAGCAUCGCGGCAAUCUACCACGCCUGUCAUGGUAGAAGUUUUGAAGUUCAGCCCGGCAAUCUGGCUUUCUCCGUGACACUGUUCUGCACCGAGGCUUGCUUCGUUAUCAUCGUUCUUCUAUUGAGGAGAGCUAAAAACAUCGGUGGUGAACUGGGUGGACCUCUGGUGCCAAAAUACCUUACGUCCAUCUUUUUGUUUUCAUUGUGGAUUUUUUACCUUGUCAUGUCAACUAUGGAAGCCUACGGCGUAAUCAGUGGCUUCUAAACUUCUGGGAAACGGUUUCAUCAAGGAAAACUGCCACCUCUUCAGAAGUGUUGGUUAUAAGAAUCUACGCUCAACGAAGAAGUUCCACGGUUGUGAUCAAUUGCAGAAAGCAGCCAAUUCAUGGUAAAAUACGAAUUUAUGGAUCUUCGCCUUUGGAAUCGUUCCCGGUUCAGAAGAUAUUGUUAUCUAAGUAAAUAAUAAAAAGGGUUGGAAGCAGUUUUCUUUUGCUAAUAAGGGUGUAGCGGUUUAAUUCAUAAGCAGAAUUGUAGAUUAGUCGCAUAAUGAUAAACUGGUGGAUGAGAAAGAAGAAAAUUAGCAAAUGAUCGAAUCUUUGAACUAAAACUUUUUUGGUACGUCGGGAGUUUUUGAUUAAUGUCCUCAAGAAAAUCGGAGACGAAAGUGUAACGGUGGCUGAAUCGAAAAUUCAAAACAGGGUUGUCAAAACUCUUUGAGAUCAUCACGUGAAUGUGACACGCGGGUGGCAGUAACUUUCCACAGCUGUCACAAAAACGACCGAAAUCAAAGUAAAUGAAAACAGAACUAUUUAUUCAUUAUGCAUGAUAUAAAAAUUUCAAAAAUAUUCACCUUUCAACCAACGACAACGAAUUUUCUCUUCCGGCGUACUUUACUGUGUGAUUCGCACAGUUCUUCAUUUUUUGUUAAAAAACUAGCCUCCCAGGUAGUAUAUCCAUGCAACAGUGACGUACCAUUUACUGAGAUCCUGUGUCUUUCGAGAUUACAUCUACAUGUAUCACAUAUGUUCCUUACGAACAAUUCGCGUACUCCAGAAUGUCUGCUAUAAGCAGCGUCAGCAGUAACUUAUUAUUCAUUAACAUUAUAAUUACCUGACUUACAGAUAAGAUGCAUACGAUUUUACGUGUUUUCCGUACCAUUUAUGUAUCUAUUCCAUGAAUAGCACAUAUAUCAUGUAUCAUUCGUGUAUUUGACCCGUAAAUGGAGCAUACGUACCCUUACAUCGAUUCACCAAUGUACUUAUGCUGAACACAUAUUCAAAACGUAUAAGAACUCAGUGAUAAUCGCAUAUUUCAUAAGAAUACGAACAGCAUUGAAUUUUAAUCAACAUGUAUACGUAUAAUAUAUACAGGUAUGCUGUCACAGAAAUUUUUUAAAACUUGUGUUCAAAUUAACGUAUAAAUGUUACUACGUGGGUUUUUAUCGUAGUUUCGAAGAAGCGAGAUGUUUUGACCUCUAUCAAGCUGGCACCGCCACAUAAGAUAUAUGAAGUUGAGAGUAUGAGAGUGCACUGUGAAGAUAUUAUUACAAUAAAAUAAAAACCUUGACGAUUACAAACACGAAAAUGAUCGUUUUUGUUUGAUGUUGCGUAAUUUCAGUUCGAGUAGAGGAGUUUAUGACUUAUAAAAUCUGCUACACCUAUAUUUUGACUUCCCCGCUUGUGCGUCGCUACCCAAUAUCUUGACGCGCGAAUAGAAGUCAAAAAAUCUCUGGAGAUGAUUAACCAUAGUUCAAUCGAAACUUUUGUUGAAUAAAUUGAGUUUAUGAACGGUACACCCAAGAAUUUGGCCUCCCACUUUAUACCUAUUUCUCCGUUUUAAUUUUGCAAUGCGUUGAAUCUUUGAAUUAUACUCCCGAAAUCUUCUGAAAUAUUUUCGAUGUUUUCAAGUUCCAUGCAUUGGAUGUAAAUCAAUUUAGAAUCUUAAAAUUACAUAUACACCAAAUUUCGUGGGGGAUUGAUUCUCUCGUUCUGGUAUUAACAUACAGGUAGACUCGUACCUUAAUUAUAACAUUAGAUAGGUAGGUGUAAUUGUAAAGGGAUGAUGUGUACAAACAUACUUACGGAUAACACUCAUGACGAGAAUGUUCGGAUUGACUAUACAGCCAUAAAAGGUCCAGGAAAAUGCAGGAAACGGUAUCUACGGACGCCCAUAAGACAACGUAUUGCGGAUGAUUUGCACACAAAAUCAGCCGUCGUAUACCGUGCGGAAUAGACUGAUAAGAGAAUUCGUCCAGGCGAUACGGAGCCACCUAACUUAUACUCAGUUGCGGACUAAGAAGGAUUUGCACCCAGGGCGGACGAUGUACACCCCUCCCCCC